AUGUUGAGGAGAAUAUUGAGUGAGGAGACGAAUGUGUUAAUUCUUGGCCCGAGUAAUGCUGGAAAGACUUGUCUCCUGUUUAAGCUUGUAAAUAAUAAAUUCCCACUCACAGUAGCGUCACAAACUAAUAAUACAGUCCAAAUAACACUUGAUAAAAAGGUCAUCAACCUGCAUGACCUCACUGACUCAACCCAGGUUCUGGGAUCCAAGUUUAAAAGGUGUAAAUAUAUUAUGAUUUUAGACUCCACCUGCAGAAAAUCAAUUAAACAACUGUCACUCUUGCUAUACAAUCUUAUUACUCAUGCCACUGUUAAGUUGAGUGUGGUUAACGUUGCUGAGAGUGUGAGUGUGUUGGUAUUGUGUAAUAAGAGUGAUGUGUACAAUAGUAAGAAUGUAAAUGAAGUAGAAAAGUUAAUGUUGUUAGAAUUGGAGUUGAUAUCGACGACAACUGACGACUCAGGCCAGCUGGCGAAGGUUUUUUCCAACUUGAACAGCUUAAAAGAGUUGAAAAACAUCGGAGUAGUACUUCACCUCAUGCCAUACUCAAUUAAAAACAACAACCUCCAAGAAAUUAAACAAUACAUUAUCAACUAA